AUAAGGUUUCUGAAGCCGUAACUUAAUAAGCUAAACAAACACAUAACGAAAUUCUGUGGUUUUGACAUGUAUUUGGGGAUGAUGGCAGGUCAUCAUAUGGGUUGGGGUAUAAUAGAAGAAGAGGGUUGGAGAAAGGGACCUUGGACUGCUGAGGAAGAUGGGUUGCUUAUUGAGUAUGUAAAGCUUCAUGGUGAAGGAAGAUGGAACUCUGUGGCUAGGCUUGCAGGACUGAAAAGGAAUGGAAAGAGUUGCAGAUUGAGAUGGGUGAAUUACUUGAGGCCAGAACUCAAGAGGGGGCAGAUAACUCCACAUGAAGAGAGCAUAAUUCUAGAGCUACAUGCUAGAUGGGGGAAUAGGUGGUCAACAAUUGCAAGAAGCUUGCCUGGAAGGACUGACAAUGAGAUCAAGAACUACUGGAGAACCCAUUUCAAGAAAAAGGCAAAAGUGCCUUCCGAUGCCUCCGAAAAGGCGAAAAAUCGCUUCUUGAGGAGGAAGCAAUUUCACAAUCAGCAACAUCAGCAGCAGCAGCAACAACAACAUUUACAAGUGAAUCAAGAAGAAGUGAAAAGAAUCAUGGCCUUGUUGGAUGAAAAUAAUGACACUAAAAUACCUUGCUUCUGGCCUCAAGUGAAGCAAGGCAUGGAGACUAUAAGUAUAUAUCCUCAUCACACAACUGAUCAUCAGGAGCAAGGCUUCUACUAUUCCAUGCUCAAUGGAAAUGUGUCUGUGCCUGAAGCCUCCAAUAACGAGGAGAAUUUUCUGUGGGAUGGUUUGUGGAACUUAAAUGAUGUCCAUGGCAAUUUUAGCUCAACAUGUGCAACAGGAAAAGCUAGCUAGUUUGCACAAUUUGUGUGUUCCCUUAUGUUAAAUCUGAUCAAUCUUUGGUUUUGCAGGUGUAAUGUUAAUAGCUAGAGUUCUUUAGUGUCAUCAAAAUGUCACUAGCUUAAAGUAUGGAGUUGCAAAUUUUCAUA